GAGUGGUGAGUGAGGAGGCUGAGGAACCUCCCUCCGCUCACUUCAACUUCAGGCUGUAGUUCAGAAAGUUACCACAGGAACUCCGCUCCACUCAUAUCUCCCGCAUCCCGCUGCUUCAGUCCAGCUUUACGAACCUUUGUCGAAUCAAACAGAACCGGAGAACCGGAACUCGCGGCUGUUUGGACCCGGAGACUCAUCUGCCAGGGAACCGAGCUGAACCUCCGCAGUGCUGAAGUUAACAGAUUACCGAGCUGGCAGAGAUGUUUGAGAUCAAACGGAUCUGUUGCAUCGGAGCCGGGUACGUAGGAGGCCCAACAUGCAGCGUAAUCGCUCAGAUGUGCCCGGAGAUCACGGUGACCGUCGUGGACGUCAACGAGACGCGCAUUAAAGCCUGGAACUCAGACACUCUGCCCAUUUACGAGCCAGGACUGAAAGAAGUGGUUGAAUCAUGCAGAGGGAAAAACUUGUUCUUCUCCACAGACAUUCCCUCAGCCAUCAAGGAUGCCGACCUCGUCUUCAUCUCUGUCAACACCCCAACCAAAACCUAUGGAAUGGGGAAGGGUCGCGCCGCCGACCUCAAGUUCAUCGAGUCGUGCGCUCGGCAGAUCGUAGAGGUCUCCGACGGCUACAAGAUCGUCACGGAGAAGAGCACCGUCCCCGUGCGAGCCGCCGAGAGCAUCAGACGGAUAUUUGACGCCAACACCAAACCCAGCCUGAACCUGCAGGUGCUGUCCAACCCGGAGUUCCUCGCGGAGGGAACGGCAGUGCGGGAUCUCAAGGAGCCCGACCGCGUCCUGAUCGGUGGCGAUGAGACACCGGAGGGUCAGAGGGCGAUCAAAGCGCUUUGUGCUGUGUACGAACACUGGGUGCCCAAAUCCAGAAUCAUCACUACGAACACCUGGUCGUCUGAGCUCUCCAAACUGGCAGCCAAUGCUUUCCUGGCCCAGAGAAUCAGCAGCAUCAACAGCAUCAGCGCUCUGUGUGAGGCCACAGGAGCCGACGUGGAGGAAGUGGCCAAGGCCAUCGGGAUGGACCAGAGGAUUGGCAGCAAGUUCCUCAAAGCCAGCGUUGGUUUCGGUGGGAGCUGCUUCCAGAAAGAUGUGCUCAACCUGGUGUAUCUGUGCGAGGCCCUCAAUCUGCCAGAGGUGGCGUCCUACUGGCAGCAGGUGAUAGACAUGAACGAGUACCAAAGACGACGGUUCGCGUGUCGGAUCAUCGACUGCCUCUUCAACACCGUCACCGGCAAAAAGAUCGCUCUGCUGGGGUUCUCUUUCAAAAAAGACACAGGCGACACCAGGGAGUCAUCCAGCAUCUACAUAUCAAAGUAUCUGAUGGAUGAGGGGGCCAAGCUGUUUAUCUAUGACCCCAAGGUUCUUAAGCAGCAAAUCAUUUAUGACCUGUCCCAGCCCAGCAUCUCAGAGGACAACCCAGAAAGAGUGUCUGAGCUGGUGACUGUAACGUCAGACCCUUAUGAGGCCUGCCAGAGCGCUCAUGCGUUGGUCAUCUGCACCGAGUGGGACAUGUUUAGGGAACUGGAUUACGAGAAGAUUUACAAGAAGAUGCUGAAGCCGGCAUUCAUAUUCGACGGCCGCAGAGUGCUUGACCACCUCCACGCCGAGCUGCAGAGCAUCGGCUUUCAGAUCGAGACCAUUGGAAAGAAAGUGACUUCUGCUCGAAUCCCUUACACCCCUGCGAUUGUUGGUUCUCGCACCGCUUCUACUGAGCCUCCAACCAAGAAGGCAAAAGCCUAAAGCUGGAUUCUCCCCCCAGCAGCAGGCAACUUUCCUCCUGCUUCCUUU